AUGGCAGAGGAUCUUGUUGUUGGGAUCGACGUUGGAAUGAGUGGUACCGGUGUAGCAUACAGACGCAAAGGUUACGCUGAAGUGACUUGCCUGGAAUGGGGUAUCGAUAAGAAGGAUCCAAAGACACCCACCAGAGUCUUUUACAAUGUCCGCGAUCAGCCGCCGAAGCUCGUUGGAUGGGGAAUGGACGUCCCCGACGACUCUGUCGAGCAUCUUGAACUGCGCGAAUGGUUCAAAGUCGACCUUGGAGCAGUCGAUGCUGACCGGUUUGAGGUAAAGAGAAUUUACAGAGACUUCCUCACUUCCUUGUUCUACGAACUAAGCACACACCGGUUCACACCCGCUAUACUGGGCGGUAAAAGUUUUGAAGAGGCGAGUGUCUUAUUCCUAUUCAGUGUUCCCGCCUUAUGGGGCCCGGCUGUUGUCGAGGAUUUUAUGCAACUGGUUCGUGAAUCUGGCUUCGAAGAGAAGGGCCUUCGCAGCGCUAGAGUAACCAUGACAGAGCCGCAAGCGGUUGCUGCAUAUGAGAUUUGCGUACCAAACUCUGAGUACAAACUCAAGAACGGCGAAAAUGUCUUGAUCGUUGAUGCUGGCGGCGGAACUACUGUAACUUUGCCCCCUGUAGCCUGUACAACUGGCUCCACGUUCAUCGACCAAGGCUUUGAGGAAAUGGUGAUGGCCUAUCUUCAGGACAAGCGUGAUUCUUUGGUAAGAGAUAUCGAUGAUGUUAGCUGGGACUUGCGAAACAGCAACCUAUUCCACAUUGGCAAACGCGAGUUUGACCCCGAUAAUUGGAACGACUUGGAAUUUAACAUUCCUUUGAAGAACAGCGCUCCCACUUCCGUUGUUCUGACUGGUUCUUUGUUCAACCGCCAGAUUGAUGAAAUCAAUAAAAACAUCGGGAGCCAUGUCAAAGCGUUCAUGACGGACAGCGGGACCAACUCCGAAAACCAUCUUGUACGUCACAAAACAGGCCGUGAAUGGGGUUUGUCUCUGAUUACGCAGGAGUACAUUAUCCUCGCUGGUGGGCUCGGAAGCUCCCGCUACGUUCUAGGCAAGAUCGAAGAAUUUAUGGGUAAAUUGCCGUUCAAACUUGCAGCGAAACCCAAGGUCGUGAUGUCAGCUGCCCCUCGACUUGCUGUUUGCAUGGGCCUGGUCCACAACGCGGGCCGUAACCCAGAGCUUUUCCCACGACGCUUCAAUCGAGUCUCAAUCGGCGUCGCGUCUCAGUCAUUGACAGAUAAAAUUAAGAACAGCCGCUUCCACAAUUUCAUCAAGCGAGCAUUUCUACGUGCCCCCAAGGGCCAGAAGCCUGGGGGAGAAGUGGAGUGGGUUCUCGUCAAGGGGGAACUUGUCCCUGACCGAGUCGCCGUCCCUGAACAAACAGCGUACUUCAGUGCGGAUUUGCCAUCCAACCAGCGGAUCUGGGAGCUGGCGAUUCUCCACAGCUUCGAGAGCGACAUCGAACGUUUGACUCUUGGAGGUAAGCCUCUGACCCCUGAUGGCGCAUGGCAGAUAUUAACAUACACAGAUGCCUGUCGCGUCCAUUCAGUCCUCAGAGUGAACUUGUCGCAUAUUGGAGAACCUGACAAGGUUGUGGCAGGAGACGCCCUAGCAAGACUCCAUCUGGCUCGAAAGCCCAAGAUCCCCAUCAAAUUUGACCUUCGAAUAGAAGUUGGACUAGCCACUGCCGAAAUCCAUUGCACUGAUAAGAAGGGACGGCUUUGCAGUGAUCCCAUCAGUAUCCCGACAGGCUAUGAGCUCGUUCCAGCCACUGGCCAGAGUGCUGUGUAUGAAUUGAGCUAG